AUGGAACCUCGCAAGCCGCGUGGUAUCAAGAAACGGGUCACAGAGGCUGAAUAUGAGAACCGAAAGGCUAACAUUGCUGCCCAGUCGGUCAAGUCUACUCCUGGAACUAAGUCAAUAAAAUCGGCUUCGCCUACUCGCUCGGCAACACCCUCUAUCUAUACCCCGUCUGUUGCCAUUCCUCUAGCUGAGCCCGUUGGUUCAAAGCUUGCGUUUAUGUCUCUACCCCCUUUCAAUACCCCUGAAGUCCCUGAAAAUGUUGAUAAGAAGCUGCCAGUCCAACCUGUACCGGCAUCGAAAUCAACUCUCCGGGCCACAGCCCCAAUAUUUGUUCCGCAGGCGAUACUGCAAAAAAGAAUCAUGGAGUCGCUUGACCCGGCUUUAGAGUCUCCCUCCAUGAGAAAGGUCCCUGUCGCCAAGCUUCAUGGUGAUUUGAUUGAUUUUGAAAGUCCAGCAACUGCUCCCGCCCCAAUGAUUGCCGAAUUUCUUCGUCUUGAACUCGAAACUCCCUCGCCGGCUCCCACGCCCCAGCGCGUUUUUACUGCAGCGUCUGAUGAAAGCUCCCCAGACCCUCCUUCUCCAAAUAGAGAGGACUUCCUGGCUGGCUGUCGGCAUAUAUGCAAGUGCAAGGGUUGCGUUGCCAAAGAGAAAGCACGAUCAAUUGCACCUGAAACCCCGAAAUGGUUCCCAGAUCUGAGCCUUCCGAAUUACCCAUUUAUGUUUGAGGAUCAAAGCAAUUUUAAUGAAUUUGAAACUGAACUUCCAGAAAUCCUUCACUUGGUGAAUCAAUAUCCAAUUAAGGGCAAAGAACGGGAGGUUAAGCGGCCUGAGCCAUCAACUAUGCAUUUUACGAUGAACCAGAAAUCCGGAAGGAAUCCCCUCCAAAAGGGACACACAGAGCCCAAAACCGUGAUCGAGGCGAGGCACAAUGCCCUGAUUUCCAUGGCAUGGGGUGAGCAAGAAAUCCUGUCGCUACCAGGCCCAUCCAAAGCCAGAUCACAGGAGAAUUCGAAGACGACCCAGAGGAAGAAUCGACAAGCGGCUGAAAAGGCAGAUCAAAUCAGAUACUUGUUCCGCACCAUCUGUCCUCUUCUCGAUGCUGCUACCUCAUACCCAGGUAUACUAAAUGUAGAAAUUCAGAUUGGGCUCCUUCUUCUGUAUCGAAGCCCCAAUUCUGACAAGAUGGGACACAUGACCGUGAAGGAGUUGGAGGUCUUUUUUGAUCCAAAUGUCGAGCUUCCGCCACCUUUCAUGAAGUUCUUUGGCCGUCUUACGAGCUCGCCAGCUGAUAUUGACCAUAUCAUCAAUCUUGAAGUCGAGGGUUCUCGCCUUUUCGAGGCAGAACCCACUGACGGAAUAUUCGAGUAUGAGUUCCACUGCAGUAUCGGCGAAGAGCGUUUUUUGGUUGUCAUCGACCAAUCACAGAUGACAACAGUUCCUAAGUCCCCGGUGCCUAUCGGAUCGGUCUAUCUCAAUGUGCCGGGAAACGUUUGGGAUGCAUCUCUUACUAUCUACGGCUCCGUGGGACAAUUUACAAAGACCAGUCGGGAGGCCAGACAAGCUGCCACUGAGAUAUCACAGAAUCUAUCCGUUGCACCCAAUCGCACUCACGUCCGUCUUGUGUUGAAGCGAUCAGAUGACUUCAAGAUUGUAAAGGUUCUUCUACGUCGCACAACUACCCACCGGCAUAUUCGAACAAAUUACCCAGAUAAGGAUUCAGAAAUUUAUCUUCAUGUCAAAGAAACUCAAGACCUCAUAAUCUCUAUCAAUAACUCAGAAAAGGUUAUCGCAGCGCACUGCGCCCCGUUAAAGGAGAUGGUGAAGGCUAGCCGGCAAUGGUGGAGUGUCUCUCUGACAUCCAAGAUCCUGGAUACAGUGCUCCGAAGCAAUCUCAAGCUCGAGCUGGGUGACAAGGCAACUGAAUGGAAACCAAUGUCUCUCUUUGGAGACGAUUUUGUGCACCUGUCGCCAAAGGUGUCUCGUCCAUCUUCGCUCGAUCUUCAUGUCCCUCUUACUGAAUCAGAUGUUUCCAGCGAGACUACUAUUUCCUCUUCUAUCGGUAACGCAGGCCUGGGUGCUCUUGUUUCUCUGGCAGAGAAUGUGGUGAAGGUUAUCGAUUUCGUGGGGGCCAAUAACCUUAGGUCUAGCAUGAACGUUGACAAUACCGAGGGUGCAACGAAUCCCGUGGUGAGGUCAGAUUCUCAGAAAGGAAUUUCUUCGGACAGUAGAGCACUCGUGCUUGCCACAAAGCCUUUCCAGGGUUCAGUGCGGUGGUGA